AUGGCCGUCCCAGAACAUCUGGCGCUGCCGCACUUCAACGGCAACUUCUCGCUGGUGGAGAAAACCGAGCCCGUCAUCGGCAAGUCGAAAAGCCACAUAUGGCUGUGUCUGCUUGAAGAGAUACUCAACGGCGUCAAGGGCGGCAGCAGCACUACCACAAACGACGGUGAAGGCAUCGUCCAGACUGACGAUUUCCUUAAGCAGGGCUGGGAGGGCUACGAUGCCGGAAAGACGUACGUAGUCCGCUUGAGCAUGUGGAGCGUGAAUCCUGAUGAGUCGGAGCCCUGGCGCAACGAGCAGGUUUGGGGUAUCCAACAUGGACGAUGGACGGGUGGUGUUGCGUUUACUAAGGGGGCUAUUAGAGAAACCGCACGGCUUGUAUACGAUUACGAAUCGUAGAGUUUAGGAGCGGAAAGCAAUAUAUUUGGGAUUUGAUGCACGGACGGCCAUAGCAGAAUCGAUACUUAUUAACGUACCUACUUAUAGG